GAAGCUUUUACGAUGUAUAAGGCAAGUGCUCCAUUGCGAACGCGAAAAUGAAUGAGCAUUGUUUCCUUUUUUUUUCCCCCCUGCGCCCUCGAGCGGAAGCUACAAAUUUAUAUGAACGCAUACCCCGCAUAUUUACACUCCUUUUACGCAUUUAUGCGGCGCCCCAUUUUGUGUGCAUCCAUUUUGCCAAUAAGCCAAAAUUCGAAUAUGUACACAAAGGGGCUAAUCACGUUCGUUCCUUUGGGACCAACGUAUGAGGAAAAUGCCAUAUGACUAACAAGGUGAGCAUGCGCCUGUGAUAGUUUUGCGCCCCUUUCCCUUUGUUGCACCGCUUGUUAGGUAUAGAGAUAAUUUGUCCGAUUACCACUCUGCGUUUUCUUCCAAGUUUGCCAUUCUGCUUACAAACGUGUGGCCCACUUGGGGAGCACAUCCCUUCGCGUAUGUACCCAUCAGUCUGAUUUCCAACAAAGGGGGGUUAUCGCCAAGAGCCCAUUUCGUAGUCACGCGUUCACGCAUACGCACACGCACGUAACGAUAAGAGUUUAUACAAAGGAGGGGAAGACUUUUUUCUGUCCUGCGAAAUUGCAUUAACCACUCCGCGAAAUGAUUGAAGAUCCGGUAGACGAAAACUGCCACGUAUACCUGAACGCGAAAAACUGGCUGAAAGAAUUCGAACAUACAAAAAUACACGAAAAUGAUUUGAACGAAGUCCUUAUGAAUUUCUUUUGCGUACACAGGAUGUAUGACGUUGCGAGUGAGUUUCAGAAGGAGGCCCGGGUAAAGCCUGACAUGCCAAUAGACACAGUAAAAAUCCGUUACCUAAUUCAAAGUGAAAUUAUGAAUAACAAAAUUGAGGAGGCCAUAGAACAUAUCAAUAAUUUAGACAAGGGGAUUUUGAAGAAGCAUAAGGACCUCGUAUUCUUCCUCAAGAAGCAGCAGUUAUUAAAAUUAAUUUUGAACAAUAACAUCAAUGAGGCGAUAUUAUAUUCGCAGCAGGAGCUGGCCCCAUACGUGAAUGAAAAGCCAUCCCUUAUUAGCGAGAUCGAUGACGUCAUGAUGCUCAUGGCAUACCAGGACUUUAACAGCGAGGAGGCCAAAAAGCUAAUCCAAAAAAUCGAGAAGAAGAAAAACACCCUGAAAAGGAUCGACGACAUCAUCUUAAGUUACUACAACGUGGACAGUGAAAGCACACUGGAAUAUAUCGUGAAAAAUAUCUUCUUCACGCAGAAUGUGUUGAGUUCGAAGUACCCGUGCAGCAUCCCCAAGCUGAAGAACCUGAAGACCGGCUACAUCGAGUAUUACGAAAAGCAGAAAAAGAGAAAGAAGAAAAAAUCGAGCCGAAAAAGUAGGCACAAGGGCAAGUCCAAGGAGAAGAUUUUCGACGACAAGACGGGGGAAGACACGGCGAAGGAUUUCGAGGCGACGAACGAGGAUGACUAUCGUUCCGUUUAGCGCAGCGCGCUGUGGUUUAAGUGGCUGCUUACGGAUGUACGUAGGUACUUAUGCAUCCAUGUGUUAUGCAUUCAUUUAUGUGCUUUUUUUUUUUUUCAUGUUGAUGCGUGCACAUGGGAGUAACUCGAGAGU